CGAGUUAAUUUACCUUCUCAUGUUAGAACUGCUAUUCAAACAAGUGAAAGAAAAGGAAUUGAAAAGAAAAUUAAGGAAGGAGAUAAGAUGGCUGAUAGAGCUACAGCAGAAAAUGUAUUAGACAAGCAUACCAUAAUGAUGCUCUACAAGUUUAGAAAUAAUGGCACUUUGGAUAGUAUCAAUGGUUGUGUGAGUACUGGUAAGGAGGCCAAUGUGUAUCAUGCUACUGCAGGCGAAGCAUUCGAAGGCAAUGUUAUUCACUCUAUUUACAAAACCAGUGCCUUGCUCUUCAGAGAUAGAGACAGAUAUGUGUCGGGAGAUCGUAGAUUCAAGCAUGGUUAUUGUAAGACCAAUCCUAGAAAGAUGGUUUCAGUCUGGGCUGAAAAAGAGUUGAGAAAUCUCAAACGUUUGGAAAAUGUUGGUAUUAGAGUACCAAAGGUUAUCGCCCUCAAAAAACACAUUCUCAUCAUGGAAUUUAUUGGUAAGAACGGAUGGUGUGCUCCAAGACUCAAGGAUGCCAAGAUUGCACCCUCCAAAUUGAAGGAUGUCUAUCUGGAUAUUAUCAAGACAAUGUGGACCAUGUAUCACAAGGCCAAACUCAUUCAUGCUGACCUUAGUGAAUAUAAUAUGCUCUACUAUAAUGGCUAUGUGUACUAUAUUGAUGUUUCUCAGAGUGUCGAACUCGACCAUCCACAUGGUUUGGAAUUUUUGAGAAAGGAUUGUGAAAAUAUCAAGAAUUAUUUUAUUAGAAAUGGCUUGACCUUUAAAGAAAUUUUGACUACUAAGGAACUUUUUGAUUUUAUAACUGAUGUAAAUAUUACCGAGGACAUUGUAGACAUUUAUUUAAGCAAAAUGUUUGAAAAGAUUCAAUCUAGACCAAUUGCCCUCAAUGAGGAAGAAAAAGUUCAAGCUGAAGUUUUCAAAAAGGUUCACAUUCCUAGAUCACUUAUUGAGAUUACUGAUCCACUCGAUCACCAAGAAACUAUUGAUACUGAUGACGUAUUUUUCUACAAGAGUGUAACAGGCAUCAAUGAAAACUUAACUGGUUCAACCAACAUUCCAUAUGGAUUGACUGAGGAAGAAUUACAAGAAUUGACUGCCAGUAUUCCUGUAAGAGAAGACUCUGAAGAAGGCACAACUCCAAGUUCUGAACAACAAGAUCCUCUCAGCCAACUCGAUAAGAAGGAACGUAAAAAACUAGUCAAGGAACAAAAUAGAGAAAAACGUCAACACAAGACUCCAAAGAAAGUUAAAAAACAACUCAACAAG